AUGAUCUCCAUAUAUCAGACUCUUCACCGCGAGCCCGGAGGCAACAACAAAGACAGGCUCCGAGUGUUCGGCUUCACCUCUAUCGGCAUGUUCAUAUGGGAGCCUAUAGCAUCUUACGUUUGGCCCUGGCUAAACGGUAUCUCUAUCCCCUGUCUCGCCUCGAUGAAAGCCGCACCACCCACUCGAAAGGUUCUGAUGACCAUCUUUGGCGGUAUCAACUCCAAUGAGGGCCAGGGGAUCUUCAACUUCUCCCUAGACUGGCAGUACAUCACGUCGCGCUACAUGUCCCUGCCGCUCCUGCAACAAGCUAAUUCCUGGGUGGGCAUCGUGCUCUCCUACAUCAUGUGCUUCAGUCUCUACUACGGCGGGGCAUGGGGUGCCAAAAAGUUCCCGUUUAUGUCGACGGCCAUGUUUGACGCGAAGACUGGCAAGGUCUACAACCAGACGGCCGUGUUUGGGCAAAACGCGAUCCUGGACACCGAGGCGUUGGAAGUACAUGGACUUCCUCGAUUGACAGCGUCCAACGUCUGGGCAAACAUGGCCGCAAUGGCUGCUAUAGGAGCGCUGCUCACACAUAUCGCCCUGUUCUACGGGCCACUCAUCAAACGGUCUUUGAAACAAGCUUGGAAGAAGGAAGAGACAGACAUUCACUACAAGAUUAUGCAAGAAAACUACAAAGACGUGCCGAUCUGGUGGUACGUCGCUAUCCUUCUCGUCGGCUUCUUCACUGGGCUUGGGGCGGUCAUCAAGGGCCACACUACGCUUGAUGCCUGGGCGUAUGUUUGCGCCAUUCUACUUGGUUGCAUUGUAGCGCCUUUUUCGCUAUGCUUGUACGGCCUACUGGGCACUAGCGUCGCCACAAACAACCUUUCCAAGAUGCUGUGCGGUGUACUUCAGCCCGGAAAACCUGUCGCCAACUUAUACUUCUCGAUGUUCAGUCACGAGGUUACUGUCCUCUCUGUAUUCUUGUCAACUGACCUCAAGAUGGCCCAAUAUCUCAAGAUUCCGUGGAGAACCAUGUUCCUCCUGCAAACUUGGGGGAGUCUGUUUGGGACAGCCAUGAACUACGUUAUAAUGGACACAAUUGUAGCGAACCGACGAGAGAUUCUCCUCGACCCUAUCGGCACCCAAGUUUCCUCAGAUCUAACGCAAAACCAGUGGAGCGGACGCAAGAUUCAGUCUCUUAACACAACUGCAGUCACCUGGUCGCUUGCCAAGUACGUCUAUGGAUUUGGCAGAGAUGGUUAUGGAUGGAUUCCUCUCUCCAUCGUCGUUGGGGCUGCCAUUCCCGUUGCCUUGUGGCUUGUUUCCAAGAAGUACAAGACUAUCUACGGCUGGGAAGUGAGCAAGUUCGUGACCCCUGUCAUAUUCCACAAUGCCUCUGAGACGACUUCGGGAACUACGUCUGUCAUCUGGUCUCAGGUCGUGGUCGGCUUGUGGUCUCAAUGGUAUAUGCGAUUGCGUCAUCCUGCUUGGUUCGGCAAGUACAACUAUAUCGUCGGUGGUGGCCUAGAUGCAGGUGCUAAGGUCAUGAUGUUCAUUUUGACCUUUGCCGUUGCCGGAGGUUCAGGCAAGGAGGUGCCCUUUCCCACGUGGUGGGGGAACCCGGAAUCGAGUUCCAAGCAGUACGCUGAUUACUGCGGUACUGGCUAG